UAAACAAAGCUACACAGCUAACAGUGCCUCAACAUGCACACACACCGUCUCACCGCUCAAGGGAAAUGCAGCUAACACAAAAUUCACUCAUAAUUCUCAAAUACCUGCGGUAGUACGUCGCGCUUUCCUUCAAAGUAACGGUAGCAAAACUUUCUUAGCCUUGUCGCACGUUGACUUCGUCGCGCGUCGCUGUUGUGGCCCGCAGUGAUGACGUAGGCGGGCCAGCUUCAUCAAAGGCUUCUUCAGCGGAGGAGGAAGAGAAACAUCCUCAAACCGCAAAGGAACGCGACUCCCGAUGUACAUGCGGUUUUUCUCCAGGUUGCUGUCAGCUAUGGCUGGACCCAGGCCUGUGGUGUUCAGCGGCCCAUCAGGAGCAGGGAAGAGCACUCUGCUGAAGAAGCUCAUGAAGGAAUAUGACAGCGUCUUUGGCUUCAGCGUAUCGCAUACAACUCGAAAACCUCGACCUGGAGAAACAAAUGGCAAAGAUUACCAUUAUGUUACUCGGGAGGUAAUGCAGGCGAGCAUCGACAAAGGUGAUUUCAUGGAGAACGCAGAGUUUUCCGGCAACAUGUACGGGACGAGUAAAGCGGCUGUGCAAGACGUCCAGGCCAAGAACCUCAUCUGUAUACUGGACUUAGACAUGCAGGGCGUGAGGAACAUUAAAGGCACGGACCUGAAUCCCAUGUACAUCUCCAUCCAGCCCCCAUCCAUGGCAGUCUUGGAAAAACGUUUAAGAGACAGAAAAACCGAGUCAGAGGAGAGCCUCCAAAAGCGUCUGAACGCAGCCCAGGUGGAUAUGGAGUUAGGUAAAGAACCUGGUUUGUUUGAUGUGAUAAUUGUCAACGACAAUUUGGAGGAUGCUUACGGGCAUUUAAAACAGGCUCUUCUCGAGGAAAUUAAUAAGGUGAAGAAGAUCAGCAUGUCCUCGUAGGACACGCCUCGGUCCCGUCCAGCCCCUCCUCACAAAACCACAGACCUCCAUUCCAGUUGUGUACAUUCCCUCAGAGGAUGGUCUGUGUGUAGGUUUUACAUUUGUGUUUAGAAGUAUAUGAAAACAUACUGUAAAGUGGAACUUUUAUUUAACCUGACUGAGUGUGUGUUUUUUUUUUUACAUUUUUGGUUUUCCUUACUUGAUGUGUGACUGGCAUGGUAGAGCGCUCUCUGUUGGACAUUUACUGAACACAUUGUCACCAACGCAGACACACAAACAGGAUGUAACACACUCCAUCACGUGGAUUAACAAGUUUGUCAAGGGUGUGAAAAUCAUGUAUCUAGUUACCGUGGUUAAUGGCAUCAAGUUAUGCUGCUCUUAUUGUUUGAAUCUUUUUUUCUUUGGCAACCAGACGUACUGUGUUGAUCAUGGAAUGGAUGCACAGAGACGGUAAAAUGUAUCGAAGACCGACUGAGUGAGUUUGACAUCAGCUCCCAGAUCAUCAAUUCAGCUAAUCUCUGGGAAUGAACAUGGUUGUUGUUUACUAACAGGCCAGUCAGCACUACUGUUGAAAUAAAAAUAUUCCAGUGCCGGUUAAUGCUUUUUUCUCUAUCACCAUAUUAUGUGCUAACUAAAUAUAAGUUUGGUUUGUGGGAUGAGGGUAAAUACUGAUGUGCUCUAGUUGGAUUAAAUCCCCUGAUAGGAAUAAUAGUGAAGAACAAAAGCAACAGAACUUAAGGCCACUCAGAAUAUAGCAUCUUUAUGUUCCUUGUUUUUUUGGGGGGAGGGGGAAUAGAACAAGUUAAGUGUUGUAAAUUUGUUAAACUUUUCUAUGGUGUAGCUUUUUCCCUUUUCUUCUUUGUGUGAGGGAAAAAUGACGUCCAGUAGACUGUAUGUGGUUUCUAACAAAAGGAAAGGUUCUAAGCUACGAGGACAAAUUAAAUGGCGUAUUUAUCUUUUUUUUUUUUAUCAUUUACAACCAAGCGCAAGAUACAUUUACCUGAGAGCCAGGAAAACAUUUAAAAUAUAACAUUUGUACAUUGGCAGGUUUUUUUUUAUAGAUAUCGAAAGUACCAAUAUAAUGAAUCAUCGUUUGCAAUUUACAGGGUUCCUAACGUCAUGAGAAACCUGGAAAAGUCAUGGAAUUGUAAAAUGUUAAGUUGGAAUUCUCAUUGUUAGCUUAAAUACAAAAUUGUCACGGAAUUUUGGUUUAAAGUUAUUGAAAAGUCAUGGAAAUCCAUUGGUCAAUAUGUGUGUGAACCCUGAAUUAUACAGCAAUAACAAUACUGUGCUUGUUGUGGAAAUACAAUGUAAUUUUGUAUGACGUCCAUUAAUCGUCCAGCAGUGAGACUUACCUCAUGAAACUCCAAUAAAUAUUCAUAAACCCAA